AAUGAAGAGGUAGCACAUCAUAAUUAUGAUAGCAGGAGUAAUACCUUUUCUGAUGUAGAUCCAGAUAAUAUUAUAGAUUAUUUAGAAACUACUUUUAUUAAUCAAGUGGUAAUUAAAUAUGACAAUAAUUAUAAUAUAAACAUUAAAGAAAAUAAUAAUGAUAAUGAUAAUAUUACAACAAGAGAUUUUAUUAAUCGAAAUAUAAUAAAUAAUAAUAAUCAUAAUAUAAAUAAUAAUACCGAUGAUGAUAAUAAUAAUAAUAAUUUAUUAUCAUUAUUUGUUGUAAUAAAAGGUAUUUUAAUGAUAUUAAUAAUAAUAACAGCACUUUUUGGUAAUGCACUAGUUAUUGCAAGCGUUAGAAGACAUCGUAAACUUCGUGUACCGACAAAUCGUUAUGUAGUAAGUUUAGCUGCUGCUGAUUUACUUGUUGCUAUUUGUGCAAUGACUUUUAAUGCCUCAGUUGAAUUAUCAGGAGGUAAAUGGCUUUUUGGUCGAUUUAUGUGCAACGUUUGGAACUCAUUUGAUGUAUACUUUUCAACUGCUUCUAUUCUUCAUCUUUGUUGUAUUAGUGUUGAUAGGUAUUACGCAAUUGUUCGACCUCUUGAAUAUCCAGCUAUUAUGAAAAAUAUUACUGUCACAGCAAUGUUAAGCAGUGCUUGGUUACUUCCUGCAUUUAUCAGUUUUAUACCUAUUUUUUUUGGAUGGUACACAACAUCACAACAUUUGGAUUUUCUUCAAAAACAUCCUGAGGUGUGUAUAUUUGUGGUAAAUCGUCCAUUUGCUCUGAUAAGUUCCUCAGUGUCAUUCUGGCUUCCUGGUUUCGUGAUGAUAGUUAUGUACUAUAAAAUAUAUAAAGAAGCUAUAAGACAAAGAGAAGCACUAAGUCGCAAUACUUUACUUAAUAAUGUUCAUUUACAUCGAAUCUCAACGUCUAGACACCACUCAAGGACUUGUCAGCAAUAUCUUUUAGAACCUAAUGAUGAUUUUCAUAUUAAGAAUUGGUGUAAUACACCAGCAACAGCAGCAGCUAUUGAACUCAAUACUGAUAAUGGUACAGCAAUACGCCAGCAAACUAAGAGUUGGCGAGCUGAACACAAAGCUGCACGAACAUUAGGCAUAAUUAUGGGAGCAUUUCUUCUUUGCUGGCUUCCUUUUUUCCUUUGGUAUUUAAUAACCGCACUAUGUGGUGAAGUAUGCGACUGUCCUGAUGCUGUAGUUUCAGUUCUAUUUUGGAUUGGUUACUUUAAUAGUGCUUUAAAUCCUCUUAUAUACGCAUACUUUAAUCGUGACUUUCGGGAAGCAUUCAAAGAUACAUUAAAAAGUGCUUUGCCGUGCUGUGCUGGAUGUUGGAAAACACCUUUACAAUUUGUGUAGCCCAAACAAUAAAAAAAAUAUACUAAACAUAACGAAUAAUUAUUACUUUAAUACAACAACUGACAACAACAAUUAGGUACACUCAAAAAUUUUCUAUUAAUAAUGAUACCUGACGACACUCAUUGUCAAAUUAUCAUUGAUAACAUGAAGAUAAUAAUAAAUUAUUAAUCGAUAAUAUCAACUUAAAAAAAAAACGCAUUGCUUUUUAGAGAAACGAUUAUGUAAUUUCAAUAAUUAUACGAAAGUUAACAUAAUAUUAACAAUUAUCAAUAGUUUAAUUCAAAGUUAAUAACUGCAGAGAUCUCAGAAAAAAAGUACAUAAUAUAUAUACAUAAUAUCAUUCCAGAAAAGUUAAUGCUUUUAUAUACAAUUACAACACCAAUCAAAUACAAAUAACAUACACACACAGAAUUAGGAUCAUGUCAAAAAAAAAAAAUAAAUAAAUAAAUAAAUAAAUAAAUAAAAGAGAGAGGGAACCAUUAUUAUAAUAGUAGAUAGUAGCGAUAGCAAAUUAUUUGCGCAUGUAAUUAAAAUUUAUAAUUUUUUGUAAAAAUCUUGUAAUAAUAAUAAAAAUAAUUUAUUUAAUUAAUAAAAAUAAAUAA